GCAACAUUCAAAUGUGAUUAGUCUUGAAUUGGGUUCUGAUCUAAUCGGAACUACUUUGAAGAGAAAAAAUUGAGAUCACGAUGAAGUUCCUUGAUAAGUUUGAGUUACCCCGGGCAGAUCCUGGAACAAAGGAAUUCCCAAUAUUGGACUCGCCAUGGCCAUCGACUCUCAUUUGCUUGGGAUAUUUACUAUUCACACUUAAGCUUGGACCUAUUUAUAUGCGGAAACGCCAGCCGUAUAACGUGAAAGCCUUCAUGCUCGUCUAUAAUAUCGUUCAAGUGAUCUACAAUGGAAUAAUGUUCUCUUACGGGGUGUACCGAGUUAUCAUUAAUCCGGCGUACGACAAUAAAUGCAUGGAAUCCUUCCCACUUGACCAUCCGCUGAAGCCUACCGAACGCUGGGCUACAUACAUCUUCUUCUUGAAUAAGUUGCUCGACCUGAUGGAUACCGUGUUCUUUGUAUUACGAAAAAGUUAUAAGCAAAUAACUACGUUACAUCUAUACCACCAUGUCAUUAUGGUCUAUGGUCCGUAUUGGGUUAUCAGAAUGUACGGCACCGGCGGCCAAUACGCAAUGAUGGGAUUCUUUAACUCCUUCGUGCAUACCGUCAUGUACUCCUACUACUUUAUUUCGGCUCUUUAUCCCGAGCUCAAGGGCAGUCUCUGGUGGAAGAAGUAUAUCACUCUACUCCAAUUGGCACAGUUUAUUUUGCUAUUCUUCCAACCUAUACAUGUGCUCAUCUUUAAUCCGACUUGCGGAUUUCCAAUGGGACUGCAUCUUAUGCAGCUGGCGGCGGCAACAUCCUUCAUAAUCAUGUUUAGCAAUUUUUAUUAUCAUGCUUACAUUAAGCCCAAGACAUUGAAAACGCAGUAAAAUAUUUCUUAAAAUAAAAAAUAAAAAAAAAAAUUAAAAAAAAUAAAAACCUGAGCUUUGUUAAAAUAUAAGUACACUGAUAAGAACUGAAUUACCAUACGAAACGUACGCAAUUGUUAAGGCAUAUGUACAAAAUCUUUUUAUCGAUCCAUAUUUAAGCUGUACGUCUAUAUGCUAAACAAUUUUUAAUAGAACUGUACGAAAUAUUAAAACAGAACGGCGCAAUUA